AUGACUUCUGGAAUUAGUACUGAAACAGAGCCCGCGGUUCCCAUUAUCGAGGUCUGUAUACAUUUUCCUUUGUUGUACGACGCGAGCAUGAUCGAUCGUAAGAGAUUUUGGAUGAGAUCGAUAAUCUUCGAGAUCAGCAUCGGGAACGCGGGUAACAAACAAUUCGGGCAUAGCCAAUGCUUCGACAACGACAAGGAUAUAGGAAACCAGACGCCGGAUCAGAGGCCGGAGUUCGAGAGUCAGACCAUGCCGCGAUACACUGGGACGCUGGACGGGAAAUAUAAUUAUGUGCCUCUUGGAUCGCGAAAACCAUGCCUCUACGUUAAAUCCUGGUGGCCGAAUCUCGAGUGGCGGAUGCAUAACAGUAAUUAUUUGACUUUCAUCGCUAAUUUCCUGGAGGAGAAGUUGGAGAAACUGGAAGGCAUGGUCGCGCUCGAGAGCGCUGAUGCUUACAUAUUUUACAACGCGAUGAUUUGUAACUUGAACAACUAUUGCCUCCGCUAUUUGGAUAUGUUAGACACUGGACGAUACGACCACGAGGGCGGUACCACGAAGCUCGAUCGGUAUCGCGUGAAUUUCUGCCGUAACGAGAUCGAGAACAUUCUGAAGAGGAUCAAGAUCAACGGCCAACUUCCAAACAACAAUUACAUCAGAAUCGCUAUGGUGCAUGGAUACCAAUAUCUCGGCAAACUGAAGAAGCUACGAGAAGAUCAACUAUCCAUAUUUCCAAAACAAGAGACUACUGUUGAGACUAAUGAGACUAACUUUUGUCUGUUCUUCACCAUUGUUCCUAUGUUACUUACAGCUGCCUGUUGGUCCUCUAUCCCUCCUGGUUACAACGUGAAUCACGAGCAAACUAUCUACACGUUCCCGAAAUAUUUGGAGUACACUCAUUCAACGGUUGUCAAGCAGACUCUGGACCCCUUCUGGGAUCAAACUUUGAUAUUGCCGCCGAGAACCGUGCACGGAUCGAAAGAGUACAUUAAAUUAAACCCACCUAUAGUUAUAUUGGAGGUGUACGACUUGGACAUAUGCGGCAUAAAGGAGUUUUGCGGAAGAUGCACGGCGAUUCCAUUAGUUAAACUAGCGGAGGAAACUUACUCCCCGCCCGAUUUCCCUCCGAAACUUGGAUGGUACAAAUUUAAAUCUCAAAGGGAUUUCUCUGGGUCGGUGCUCGCCGCCUUCGAGCUCAUAGAGGUAAAGGAAGAGGACGAAGACCUGGACAAACCUAUUCAUCGCUCGAUGUUGGACACCAUUUACACUAUACCGGAAGAUAUCAGGCCGAAAAUGGCAAGUUACAGGCUCGAAAUAAUAUUUUGGGGAAUGAGAGAUAUGAAGAAACUGUAUUACAUGCCCGUGAUGAAUCCUCGGAUUAUCAUAGAGUGCGGCGGUGUUGACAUCAAGUCGGAAGUAAUGAGAAACGUCAAAAAAUUCAGCAACUUCAAGAAACCUCACGUAAUCAUCGAAUUGGAUAUGCCAGAGCUCGAAAUCUAUUAUCCAAGCGUGGUAAUAAAAGCGUUCGACUCGCGAGGACUCGGUUGCUUCAAGUAUGUUGGAAUUUGCAUCAUACCGAGUAUCAACAUAUUUCUGGAGCAGUUGAUAACCGAGGAUGAUUACGAAGAGCAGAUAUACGGGACGAAAAAGAUCUUCAAACCUGUGAAACAUUUAGAGGAAAAACCUGAAACCGUUCGUGUCUCAUUGGGCGGGAAACAGGUAUACGACGGAGAACUGGAGAUGCAGCCGCAAUUCUCCGGCUUCCAGGAUCGUCUGAGAACGUUCGAGCUGUGGAAGGGGCGCAAAAGCGAGGAACCCGACUACGACAGCGAGAAUUACGUUGGAAAAUUCAAGGGGCGUAUUUGCGUGUAUCGCUGGCCGCACCCCAGCAACUUGCCUUGCAAAACGAGAAGCGGGAGAAGCGCGAGUGACGGCCUGUGCGACGAUUAUCCGCAUUCGGAGUCUAUCAAACUCGUGGUUAGACUUUACGUGGUGAAAGGCAUCAACUUGCAGCCUCAGGAUCCCCUAACCGGAAAGUCUGAUCCGUAUAUCUGUAUCCGGCUUGGUAAAACGUAUAUCAGCGACCAAAAGAAUUACAUACCGAACCAGCUAAAUCCAACUUUUGGACGGUUCUUCGAGAUAGAGGCAGUUUUCCCUCGCGAUUGCACGAUGAUCGUACAAGUAUGGGAUUACGACGCGACCACUACCGACGACCUGAUAGGGGAGACGAAAAUCGACAUCGAGAGUCGAUUCUACAGCAAACACCGUGCCACGUGUGGCAUAUCCAAGAUAUACGCGACUGAGGGGUACAAUCAGUGGAGGGAUCGCGAGAAACCGACCCAGAUACUCGAACAGCUCUGCAGGAAGAACAAUCUUCCGUUGCCCGAGUACAGGAGCCAUUACGUGAAAAUCGGACGGAAAAGGUUUCCCUUCGACGAAGCCGAGCAUCCGGAAUCCGAAUUAAAUGAAUGCAUGGCGUUGAGCGUGCUCCAUCAGUGGCAAAAUUUCCCCAUUUGCGGCUGCUACCUGGUUCCGGAACACGUGGAGAGACGGCCGCUUUUUAAUAUAGGAAGACCCGGGUUGGAGCAGGGUAGAUUGGAAAUGUGGAUCGACAUGUUUCAAGUAGGCGAAGUUCCUCUGAAACCGCCGGUCGACAUCAGCCCGCCCGUGCCCGAGGAAUACGAAAUUCGCGUGAUCGUAUGGAACACGGAAGAUAUACCUCUCGUUGAAAGUCAAUUUCUUACGGGUGAAAAGUGCUCCGACAUUUACGUUAAAGGUUGGAUCACUUACGACGAUUACCAAAAGACCGACAUCCAUUACAAUUCUUUAAACGGCGAAGGCAAUUUCAAUUGGCGAUUCGUGUUUCGUGUGAUGUAUUGCAAGAGCGAGCGCGUUAUAAUUGUCCCGAAAAAGAUAUCCAUCUUUUCGUUGACCGACACCGAGGAGAAAUUGCCGUGCAGGUUAUACCUGCAAGUUUGGGACAGCGAUCACUUCUCUCCAGACGAUUUUCUCGGAGCACUAACGUUGGAUCUGUCCGCAAUGCCACGAGGAAGUCCGAAUUCGAAAAAUUGUACUUUGAAAUUACUCAACCCGAAUCUGCCCACGAUUAAUUUGUUUAAAGUAACUCGAGUCAAAGCUUGGUGGCCGUUCGAGCAAAGCGUGAACGCUGGCCAAUACAUUCAAGCGGGUAAAAUCGAAAUGGAAAUAUCAAUAUUGAAAGCGGAGGAGGCCGACGAGAAUCCCGCGGGCAGAGGAAGAGACCCGCCUCAAGAACUUCCACCACCAAACCGGCCGGAGACUUCCUUCUCCUGGUUCCUGAAUCCGUGGAAAGCGUUUCGCUACGUGGUAUGCCGCUAUUAUAGAUGGAGGAUAAUAUGCUGCAUCGUGUGCUUGCUGUUACUGGUGUUGGGCGGUUGCGCGAUUUACGCCUUCCCUGGCUACAUGGUUAAACGUCUUCUCGGCGCUUGA